CCUUCUUUUAAUAUAAGCAUUAAGCAAAUUGAGUGUCCGAGAGAAUUUGAAAAUGGGUUCUUCUAAAUUGUUGGUUGCAUUCACUCUCAUCGUCAUGAUGACCAUUUCCUAUGACCUCUUCACCGGAAUAGGAAUAGAUGCGAGAACUGUGCCUCCGACAUGCUAUGAAAGUUGUAACGCGACAUUUCAAAAUCCAGAAUGUAACAAAAUGUGUGUAGGAUUGGCUUAUAAAGAUGGUAGCUGCAUUUAUCCUCCUCCUGAGGUUGAUGGUCUUCCUCCUAAACGACCUUACUUUCCUCGUUGUUGUUGUAAUCCUAUAAUUCUUUCACCUCCUUCUCCUUGAUCAAUAUAUUCCUUUUUCAAUAAAACCUUAAUUUCUAUUCU